CUAGGCGGAAGUUGCGCUGCGAUCUGAACGUGCUCUCGGAUUUCUCAGCCAUCCUCCAUCAUGGUGCGGAAGCUCAAGUUCCACGAGCAGAAGCUGCUGAAGCAGGUGGACUUCCUGAACUGGGAGGUCACCGACCACAACCUUCACGAGCUGCGCGUCCUGCGGCGGUACGGGCUGCAGCGACGGGAGGAGUACACGCGCUACAACCAACUGAGCCGCGCCGUGCGCGAGCUGGCGCGGCGCCUGCGCGACCUGCCCGAGCGCGACCCGUUUCGCGUGCGCGCCUCGGCCGCGCUGCUGGACAAGCUGUACUCGCUGGGCCUGGUGCCCACGCGCGGCUCGCUGGAGCUCUGCGACUCCGUCACGGCCUCGUCCUUCUGCCGCCGCCGCCUGCCUACGCUGCUGCUCAAGCUACGCAUGGCGCAGCAUCUUCAGGCUGCCGUGGCCUUCGUGGAGCAGGGUCACGUCCGCGUGGGCCCGGACGUGGUCACCGACCCCGCCUUUCUCGUCACUCGAAGCAUGGAGGACUUCGUCACUUGGGUGGACUCGUCCAAGAUCAAGCGGCACGUGCUGGAGUACAACGAGGAGCGCGAUGACUUUGAUCUGGAUGCCUAGCGAGCCUUCUCGCCGUGGCUCGCCAGCGCAGGUCCCGCCGAGCCGGCGGUGGGGAGGGCCGCCCCUGUGUUCCGGGAAGUCUUCGUAGAAUUUGGACCGAUAAUGAAGUGACCGUUUCUUGGGAGACACUAGGAAGAAGCAGUUUUGUGCUGCCGUGGCCACUAUUAAGCUUUUUGUGCUUUAAACUUUGGUAUAGAAGCAGGAGUGUUAUCCCUUCUUUGCUUUAUCAUCUAAUAGGCGUGUAGAGAUGGAGAAUGUGAGUUCAGUUUAUAUAUAUAUAUAUAUAAACUCUCUGUAUAAAGUGGUGUGACCUGAA